CUGCUCACCAUCCUACCCUGCUUGCUCACCAUCCUGUCCUCACUGCUCAUCAUCCUGCCCUCCCUGCUCACCAUCCUACCCUGUUUGCUCACCAUCCUGUCCUCACUGCUCAUCAUCCUGCCCUCCCUGCUCACCAUCCUACCCUCCUUGUUCACCAUCCUACCCUCCCUGCUCAGCCCCUCUCUCCAGACACACAGCUACCAACCAUCCCCCUCCACUAUGCACUAUGCAGCCUGUGAUUGGCCAGCCCGAGCAAGCUGAAACAUAAACAAACAGAGAAGACAGGCGGCUCCAGACACACAGACUAGUCCGAAUGUAGCCAGCGUCACCCCGAUCGGAUGGUAGAGAUCAUACAGGAGCUGGCGGCCAGUGACAGUCAUCAGAGAGCAGGCACACAGCGGGAGGUGCAGGCAAGUGACAGUUCAGCACCAGCGGCGGAGCGGACAGCUCCCUCCCAGCACAUUCAUAGAGGACUACGUGCGCUGCGCCUGGUGCUGUGCCCAGCGUGUGCCCACCUACCUGCUACACAUCUCUGAAUAGAUGACAAUGCUGGAACAUGGUGGCAUGCUAGGCUAGUUUCAUUGCACACAGCAUAGCUGGCACCUGUGUACCCAGUGGGCACGUUGCACAGGGUGGAGACAGGUGAUGGGUGGUCGGCUGAGCAGACAGAGCAGUCUGGAAGAUGAUCAGGAGGAGGUGGUAGACCCAGGGCCCCUGAGAGCAGAGCCCAGCAGCUCUCGAAGUACUGAUUUUGCUCUUACAUCGCUGAUCCUGAACUCGGAGAGGAUCCCUGGGGUGUUACGGAAGAAUAAACCGCCUCCGUACGGAAGGAGGGCGGCAUGGAUACGGGACAUUCAGGCGGUGCUCCGGGACCACAAGCAGGAGCGGGCGAUGCAUAUCCUCAAAAUGCUUCGCAAGGACCUAGGGCUGGAGGGUACAUUCCUAAAUGACAUCCUAUAUAGACAUGUCACCUUCCUCAACCUGGUGGACCCCAUCUCCCAUGAACUGCUGCUUAGCCUGGCCAGGGAACUGCAAUGCCCCAGGAAGGAACAUGAUUCACUGAAGUCUGCGGACCGUAUUUGCCGGCAACUUCAUUACCAUCUGACCCCACAUUCCAAAUGGCAUAGACACAGUCUACCUCGGAGGAAAAGCAUGGCAUGCCUAAAAAGCAGCUUGCAGCAAAAGUCAAAAAUAGAGGCAUUGGAUCUCUCUGGAAUCACAUUGUCGCCUAGAGAUAUGCAACGUGUAAUACUAUAUUUGCAGGGCCACGGAGACAGCCUAACGAGCAUGGACCUAAGCUUUACCGACCUCACAGACAGUACCUUGGCACAAGCCAUGCCUGCUCUUGCAGUCCUCCCCAAUCUUACGCACCUUGCACUAAAUGGAAACCGGCUUACUUGUGCCACCCUGAAGGAACUCAGCGAAGCCAUGAAAGACAGUACCAACUUCCCUUCAUUGGCCUGGGUGGACCUGGGCAACAAUGUGGACAUCUGUUCAAUGCCACAGCCUUUGCUUUUAGGAUUAAGGCGCCGCCUGUGCCAACAUAAUCUGCUUCCCACCAUCCCUGAGGCCCAGGACAGUGACUUGUCAGAAGGAGGAGUUUCCAUGUCUUUCCCACUGCCUUGGGACAGGUGAGGUCCCUCAAUGUAGUCAGCACAGAGACAGGGACUGACCACCCCUCCUCACACACCAGUGUUGAUUCCAUCUAACAUAACCAGAGAUUGGAUGUCACACUCACUGUGCCAUAGGUGGUAUGUUUUCAGCCAAGGAAGGGGGGCACCAGAUAAAGGUACCCCGUAGCCCCACUCAUCUUCAUCCACCGGCUGAGGAGCCCGGAGGCAAGGCAGCCCAUCACAGCUCAGCACCUGCCUCAUCACUGCGUGUUCUGUGGAUUAAUCUCCAAACAAAAGAAGCCCAUGAUCGCAGCCGGGCGACAGGGACAGAACUGCACUGUCAGGAAAACUGGAAAGAGGGGGGGGUGGGU